UUUGUUUAAUAAUCUUGUUCUUUUUAGACUCUCCUUUAUUUUCCUUUAGAUAUUGUCUCUUGAAUCUUAUAUCUGUGUAAGUUUUGCUCUCAUAUUUUUUCUUUAUCAUAAGUUGUAACAAUUGUCAUUUAUGUCAUAAUGUCAGAAAGGUCAAAAAAAUCUUGUUUGUUUAAAAAAUAUUAUAUAUUAUGUUUUUUUGUUACAAUGUAUGUACUGUAUAAGUUUUAAAAUUAUUAUUUUAUUUCAAACUAUAACAGCGGAUAUAUCUUUUUAUUGGUAUAUUUUAUUACAAUCUAAAUUUAAUUUAUAUAACAGUGAAGCAUUAUGGCACCCAGAAUCAACUGUUUGUGUAUGGAUAAUAGCCAAUUUAGCUAUGAUGCUCUCACAUGGUAUUUUGAUAACUUUCAUCGAAGUGACGAUGUGAUUGCUUUGAUACAUAUACACCAAAUGCCACAACUACCAAGCAUGGGAUUAAUGGCAGGCGCCUUCCCAGUCACUGACGAUUACCGUACAAGCAUCAAAAAGAGUAUAGACGAAAGCAAUGGUCUCGUUGAAAAAUUCAAGAAGCGUUGCGAGGAAAGAAAUGCGACACAUAAAAUUUUAAAGUCUGAUUCGCAUCAUUCACCAGGUCAGAUUAUAUGUGAUUUGGCAAAAGAAAAUAAUGCUAGCGCUAUUAUUUUGGGUCAGCGUGGAUUAAGUAAGUUUAGUCGGGCGUUGCUUGGAAGUACAAGUGAUUACGUUUUGCAUCAUUCAGAUAUAACUGUGAUUGUUGUGCCACCCAAAAAUGCGUCUGACUAAAAAUUGAUACAUAUAGAAUAUUAAAACAGAACUUGCAUUUAUUUUAUAAUUUGUUAUCUUUGUGGAGAGUCAGUGUAUAGGUAGCAUAAUUAAACUUGAAUUUUUUAUGAAUAUGUAUAUGUUUUGUUGGCUGCUUGCACAUUGUGAUGUCAGACAUCACAAUAAUUUGUUUUUACUUUAAAAAAAAUAUGUGAUAAUUGUUCCUAUACUUUUCAGGGUUUUAAUAAUAUAGGUUAGUUAAUAUAGUCUGCUUACACUCUCUUUUAUAAUUGGUGUUUCUUUGUUUGUUUGAGAAUUUCAUCUUUUUAACUUUUAUUUUUCUUAACGCAGAAAGCCGCCAAAGGGGUGUGUGCUCAGCUCAGGAUUAAGCAAUUUUUUCAGAGACUCAAUUGUUUAUUUUUAUAUUUAGUAUAUAUUUAUAUGUACUUGUAACUGUUUUGUGAUUUUGCCUUUUAUAAUAAAGGUAUUAAAUUAUUCCAUAGUUUUGGUGACUUCCAUCUUCUUUACAUAUAAUAAAUUUCUUUAUAAUAAUUGGUAUUAAAUUUCAUUUUUGAUAAACAUAUGUAUGGGCUGCUUCGAAAUUAUGGUUGUUGAUACUCACCAAAAUAUUCUCUUUUAUUUUUAUGCGAUCAGUGAUGCAUUUUUGUGUUCUGUUGUGUUUCCCCAUGCCCGGUUUACCCUUAUGUUAAUUCACCCUUUAAAGAUCAAAAAUAUUUUAUGGAGUUAAUAUUCCAUUUUUCCUCUAAAAUUUUCAAUCACUAUAAUAUUUUCAUAUUUACUUUAGUGCAAACUUCAUUCUCAUGGUGUAUUUUAUAAGAAUUA